AUGUCAUCUCUACUCAAUCUCAGCUUUGAGUCUGAGAGCAAGAAGUCCUCACUCAAUUCCCCGUCUUCCCCUUCGAGCAGUCCUACACAAGAGAUUCCUGCAAACGAAACAACAGCAGCCCCCACCUCGAUUGUGCCAACGGACCCUGCUGAGAGAAAGGCAUUCAUCCAACAGAAAGCAAAUCUCCUUCGCAGCCGCGUCCAAACAGCCAUGAAAAAGAUCAAAGCGCCCCAGAAUGACAUUGACCGUCGCCUGGUAGCGCUCGAGGAACAGGCCAACAGCCGUGAUCGGCCUUACCCCCCUAAACCGUUGUGGCCCCUCUCACGCCCCGCGAGCAAACACAGAUACAUGGACGAUGCGGAUGAGGACUUAACUCCAAAAGCUAAGAUGCCAAAGCUCCUCCCUCCACCGGACCUGCAACCGAUGGCGUACUCGACCCGCUACGCGUCCACUAAUAAUACUAUGCCAUCUUCGCCCCCCGCCUCAGCCACAGGUGAAAAUUAUGCUGGGAAAAUUGAGUUAGAGAUGCAGAUGCAGAUGGAAAUGAAUGGCCACGGACAUGAGCACGUAGAAAAUGAGUUGACGCCAACCAAAUCCAAAGCGGAAAACGCUGUCAUCACAAUCGAUAAGAUCAGCGGUACCGACGCUGGCAACGGCAACGGGAAUGAAAACGGGAAAGCGGACAACUACCCUACGGAAACCCUCACCUCACCCAUGCAGCCCUGCAGCCCACCACACACAGGAGACUCACCUAUUGUCAUCGAGAGAAACGCGAAAAUGUGCUCCGUGGACCAAAUGAUUGCCAAAGCGAAGAAGGGAGAGGCGCUUGAUGGGCUUCUGAAGCUGAUGAAGACUACUACUGAGUAUGAUAACUUGGAUGAGUGGACUGGGUGA